AUGGAUUUACCAGAUAUCUGCCUGCGUGUAUAUCCAGUCCUCGAAGGCAUACUCAUCCAUCUAUCCGCGACAGAUGCCUCCGCGUUCCUCUUUGCCGCGCGUUUAAUAACAAAGAUAUCUUCAGAAACGAAGCGUAGAUAUCUUAAUCUUCUCAGAGACAUACCGGAACAUAUGGUGUGGAUAGACGCGAAGAUCAGAAACGGGCACAAGGCUUUCAUCAUUGGAAACGAUCUCCGUACACUCAGGCGUAGAAUAGCACAACCCCAGUCUGAAAAUCAGGAGAGAAGCAGACUCUACAUCUGGCUUGCAGUCAUACCUAUACACGCUGUGACGUCGACAAUCAUAGCAACCGACGUUGAUGAAACGUACCUCAUGGACUGGAAUGGCAGGGUCCGCAGACGAGAUGAGCUACACGAAUUGCACGGGAGUCAUCAUGAAGUCCUGUUUCCUUACUCGCCUAGUCUCUCGGACCUGCAAUCCCCGUACCUAUCGACGAUGUUUGCCCCCCGCACACCCAUCAUGCGGCCGAUUUCCGACAAUGCAGAUCAUUGUGAUUGGUACCUCAGCCCAAUUUCCAACGAUAGCGAUAUCAGAGUCAUCUUCAUGGCUUCAUCUUCUGCGUGGAACGAAGGACUCCAUGUGCAUAUGUCUACAUCGUUGAGCGAGACGGCUUCGCCACAGUCGAACGUACUUGGCACCGACCAGUCUAGCGUCGCAUAUUUCGAUAUCAAUGAUGGUAGGGAAGGGGUGACGCAUACAUACUCAGGAAGAGUCAUGCAACGUUGUCUCAAUGAAGGAUUUGUUCCAAUAAUCAUUACCCUUGGGCCUCCCCUAAACAGCCAUUAUGGAGACGAGAACAAGGAGCAUUGGGUUGUACCAGCCUGGAGCCUUCCUAAAGAUGACUAG